UGUUAUCAUUGCAGAAUAAAACACACCUGAACGGAGCCUGUUGCAGUGUGUGUGUAACACAAGCAGUCAGGUAAAACUGGCUUACAGCCGUUGAGGAUAGAUUCCAUGAGUAAUAUAGUCACCGCUGUUCUUUACUACACCGCGCUCAACCCUCAUUUUCAACCUUGUUGUGAAAGAAAACACGUUCUCACUGCCUUUCAGAAGCAGCGCCUGCAUCCUGUUCCCCUUUUGAGUGUGUAAUUUCCUGUUCCAGUUUCACUGUAAAGUGCCUUUCACAAACCACAGUGGCAGCGUUUUAUUCUUUGAAGCAUGAAGAGCGCGGUGAGGACGUUCCUGUGGGCCUGGACUAUCCUACAUUAUUCAGCCGCACUGCCAGAAAUUACAGAUGGGGAGUUUAUCAAGGAGUGUGUGAGGGGACACAACGAGGCGCGGUCGUCUGUCAGUCCACCUGCAAGUGACAUGCUGAACAUGACAUGGGACGAAGCCCUAGCCAUCACAGCCAGGGCCUGGGCAAGGCACUGUGUGUAUGAACACAACUCCUACCUCAAAGAUGUCCGCCGUGUGCAUCCUACCUUCUCCUCUGUGGGAGAGAACAUAUGGGCAGGGUACCCACCAUCAUCCUUCCAUGUGACGGGGGCCAUUAAAAAUUGGGUGGAUGAAAAACAAUUCUACAACUACAGCAGCAACAUCUGCACCAAAGUCUGUGGCCACUACACACAGGUUGUGUGGGGAAGCAGCUUCAAGGUUGGCUGUGCCGUCCAGCUGUGCCCAAAUGGGGUCCAAGGCACAAGCUUUGCGUCUAAAGAGGGGGCCAUUUUUCUCUGCAACUAUGCUACAGCGGGUAAUGUGAACGGAAGGCAACCAUAUACAUCUGGAGCAGCAGGCUGCUCCAGAUGUGAGGGCACCUGUGAAAGGAAUCUCUGCGGUAACCAGGAACGCGAUUCACAGAAAAGCUACAACUGGACUCCGGACUGGGACCCCGCCCCCACAAACCCUAUCAACUAUGUGACUAUUCUGGUGGCCCGACCCAUUGGCCUCAUCGCCACCUUCAUCGCAGCGUAUGCAGUUGGCCACUUAUAUCCCAAUGUCUUCUGCUAUGAAUAGAACACCUGAAGGACAUGGAUGUGUUAGCCAGUGCUAUAAGGGCUGCACAUUGAAAAAGUGCAGCCUGCUGUUGGAGCCACUAGCCACAGACCAAAACCAUGC